AUGCGCACACAGGACAUCUCUUAUGGGAAGGAGGGCAAGUACCAAGAAGCAAGGGGGCAGAGAGGCACCCUUAGCGCCACAGCAGCAGCCCCCCUCAUCUAUCAGCAGCCCAAGCCCCCUCAUCUACCCCCCUCAUGUAUCAGCAGCCCAAGCCUCCUCAUCUACCCCCCUCAUCUAUCAGCAGCCCAAGCCCCCUCAUCUACCCCCCUCAUCUAUCAGCAGCCCAAGCCCCCUCAUCUACCCCCCUCAUCUAUCAGCAGCCCAAGCCCCCUCAUCUACCCCCCUCAUCUAUCAGCAGCCCAAGCCCCCUCAUCUACCCCCCUCAUCUAUCAGCAGCCCAAGCCCCCUCAUCUACCCCCCUCAUCUAUCAGCGGCCCAAGCCCCCUCAUCUGCCCCCCUCAUCUAUCAGCAGCCCAAGCUUCCUCAUCUACCCCCCUCAUCUAUCAGCAGCCCAAGCCCCCUCAUCUACCCCCCUCAUCUAUCAGCAGCCCAAGCACCCUCAUCUACCCCCCUCAUCUAUCAGCAGCCCAAGCCCAGCGGGACACACCUUUGAGCCAUGCAGAGUCGGCAAAGGAGGGCAGGUGCCAGGUGUCAGGGCUGGGCGGUGGUAGGGAGUGGGUGAGGCAGCACAUGCCAUAA